AAGCCUCUGGUGUGUUCAUAGCCAAACACUCACCAAGCACAUUCCUAUAAAAGAUUCCAUUCGAUUCCAUUUCAUUUCACUACAUUACAUUUCUUCGUAUUCUGUUUCAGAUUCGAUCUCAAACGCACGAUGACAGCAGGCGAAAUCUCAGAGAAAAGCAAAGCUGCAUUUAAAGCACUUGCUCCACUUGAAGCAGUCUUAUUUGACGUUGAUGGAACUCUUUGUGAUACAGAUCCAAUCCACCUCAUUGCUUUUCAAGAAAUGCUUAAAGAGAUCGGUUUCAAUGGUGGGGUUCCAAUAGACGAAGAAUAUUUCAUUCAGAAUAUUGCCGGAAAACAUAACGAUGACAUCGCAGCUACCCUUUUCCCUGACGAUAUCGAAAGGGGAUUAAAAUUUUGUGUAGAUAAAGAAGCGUAUUUUAGGAAAUUGGUGAAGGAAAAGGUUGAGCCCAUAAAGGGUCUAUACAAACUAACAAAAUGGGUUGAAGAUAACGGGUUGAAACGGGCUGCUGUUACCAAUGCUCCUAGACCAAACGCUGAGCUCAUGAUCUCGACUCUCGGUCUUACUGAUUUCUUCCAUCAUGUUAUCAUUGGUGAUGAGUGUGAACGGGCCAAACCAGCACCCGACCCUUACCUUAAGGCUAUCGAACUUCUCAAUGUUUCAAAAGAUCACACAUUCAUCUGUGAGGAUUCGACUUCCGGGAUAAAGGCUGGUGUUGCGGCUGGAAUGCCAGUUGUCGGCUUAACAACUAGAAAUCCAGAACAAAUGCUCAUGACAGCAAACCCGACACUUCUUGUUAAAAACUAUGAAGACCCGAAACUGUGGGCAUGUUUAGAAGGGCUUGGUAAAAAGGCAGGUGACGCUUGAAACGUUGAUCAUAGCUAACACGCGUACGUGUCUUUAGAUUCAAACCGUUUAUAAAUGUUGUUGCAUCAUUCUUGCCUGACUUGAAAGGCCUCGAUGACAAAUAUAUUAGUACGAUAAUUGAUAAUAAUCUCAAACUCAUUCUACUAAAUUCACAAGCUGUUGAUGUUUGCAGCUAGCAACAAAGAUCAAUUCAUGUCAAACAUAGUUUCUUUUUGUUUUUCGA